GCGGGGCCGAGUCUCGAAGGCUCCUGGGCGGAAGCUCGCCUGCGGUUGCCGGGUCGGGCUCAGAGCCAAGCCUUGCUGGGAUGGUGCCUCCUGGGGAGCCGGGGCCGCUGGCCUGCGGCGGGACUGAAGAUCUGGCUGCCCUGGAGGAGCUGGACGAGGCGAGGUUGCUUCAGAAUCUGAGCGGCCGCUUCCUGCAGCAGCGGGUCUAUACAUAUAUUGGGGACAUUCUGAUUGCGAUGAACCCGUUCCAGAGUCUUCCGCUCUACGAGAAACCAGUAUCAGAGAAAUAUCAUAACCAUGACAAGGGCACCCUACCCCCUCACAUCUUUGCUAUUGCUGACAGAGCAUACCAGGCCAUGCUGGGGCAUCUGGCAACAGGACCUCAGAACCAGUGUAUCGUCAUCAGCGGAGAGAGUGGUGCAGGGAAAACCGAGAGUGUAAAGCUACUGCUGCAACACAUCAUGCACCUGUGCAAGGGCAACUCACAGCUGGAGCAGCAGAUACUGCAGGUGAACCCAUUGCUCGAAGCCUUUGGCAAUGCACAAACAGUGAUGAAUGACAACAGCAGUCGCUUUGGAAAAUACAUGCAGUUGAGGUUCCAAAGGAGUACAGUGAGGGGUGCCAAGCUGAGUGAGUAUCUGCUAGAGAAGUCUCGUGUGGUGCAACAAGAUGCUGGAGAGAGGAAUUUCCAUGUCUUCUAUUAUAUGUUUGCUGGGCUCACUGCAGAGGAAAAAGACAUGUAUGGGCUGCUAGAUCCCUCGUUGUACAGGUACAUAAGUGGAUGGUUUAGGACAGAGGAUGUGGCUGAGUGCUGGAAGCACAAGUACUGGGAGGUGCGUAAUGCCCUAGACAUGGUGGGCUUCCAGGAACAGGAGCAGGUGGACAUGCAGGCAAUCCUGGCCGGAGUCCUGUCUCUGGGCAACGUGACCUUCCAGUCCCAGGAGAACAAUGGGGCCCUGAGAGUGAGUGAAGCCUCCAAGGGGUGGCUGAAGGCUUCAGCGGGUCAAUUUGGAGUCCAGGAAGAGGAGCUAUUGAAAUGCCUCAUUUGUAAAGUGUCCGUAACCCGGGGAGAGCAGAUUCAGCGUUUCCACACCCAGCAGCAGGCUGAGGAUGCUCGGGACUCCAUUGCUAAAGUGGCAUAUGGCCGCGUGUUUGGUUGGAUUGUCCGCAAAAUCAAUGAACUGCUGGCUGAGAAUGUGGAUCCUGAGGUGGAGCUGAGGGAGAUUGGGAUCCUGGAUAUCUUUGGGUUUGAGAACUUUGUGGUGAAUCGUUUUGAGCAGCUCUGCAUAAACUUGGCCAAUGAGCAGCUACAGCACUUCUUCAAUUAUCAUAUUUUCCAGCUGGAGCAGGCCGCAUACCAGGAGGAAGGGCUGCCCUGGGAGGCAAUUACAUUCAACAAUAACAAACCCAUUUUGGACCUGUUCCUGGCCAAGCCGCUGGGGCUGCUGUCUCUCCUGGAUGAGCAGAGCGCAUUCCCUCAGGCGACUGAUAAAACCUUUGUGGAUAAACUGAACAGCACCUUCAAGGGGAACUCACACUUCCAGCCAUGUAGAGGCCACGUGCUAGGGUUCAGCAUCAUUCACUAUGCAGGGAAGGUUCAAUAUGCUUCCAGUGGCUUCCUAGAGAAGAACAGAGACACUUUGCCAGCAAAUAUCCGGGGUCUCUUCAUCAACAGUGUCACCCCAUUACUGAGUGUGCUGUUCACAGCCACAGUCUCCAGAACAGGGACUUUGAUGCCUCACAUUAAAGCCAAGGUCUUUCCAGGAACAGACAAUAACUUCAACAGCACUCGGAAGCAAUCAGUGGGUGCUCAGUUCCGGCAUUCCCUAUCAGUGCUGAUGGAGCGAAUGUACUCUGCUAACCCCCACUUUGUGCGCUGCAUCAAACCGAACAGCCAGAAGGAGCCGGGCGUGGUUGACAGCCAAGUGGUGCUGGAGCAGCUCAGGUACAAUGGAUUGCUGGAGACCAUCCGGAUUCGGCGAAACGGCUUUUCCUGGAGACCCUCUUUUGAGGAAUUUGCAGAAAGAUACCGAAUUCUCCUAAUUAAACCAGAUGUCCCGCUCACACGGGAAAGCUGCUUGGAGAUUUUGCGGAGUACAGAGCUGAAAGACUGGAGAUGUGGGAAGUCCCGCCUCUUUUUUAAGUACUGGCACCAGGAGCUGCUGGCAAAGAGCGUGGACUGCUUGGAAAAUGCAGCAAUAAUCAUCCAGAAGACUUACAAGAGAUUCUGCUGUAGGAAGAGUUACCAGGAGCUGGUGGUUGAGCUCAGAGCCCGGGAGAAGCACCUACAGGAGGAAGCAGAGAGAGAGAGAAACAGGCAACUGGAACUGGAGUCCCAGGCCCAGAUUGCCUCGCCAGUCCCUGUGCCACGGAGGAGACGUCCUCAGCCCCUCCCACAUUCUCAGCCUGGAGCUGAUUCUCUGACACAGACACCAGUACCACGCCCUCGCAGCAAACUCACAGAGUCAACUCCCUUUGAUAAUUUUUUGCGCUCCAGGCCCUGCCCUGUGCUGGGGACAGAGGGGCAGACAGGAGAAGAGGAAGAAAUGAGGCAAAUCAAGAGGGGAGCAACUCUCCGCUGGUUCAGAGAGACACAGGCCUGGAAGGUUAUGCAGGAUGAUGGGGCCUUUCCUGGCUGGCUGCAUGGGAUGAUCAGCAGGAGGGAAGCUGAGAACUUGCUGAUGGACAAGCCUCUGGGCUGUUUCCUGGUUCGAAUCAGUCAGAGCAGGCCAGGCUACACCCUGUCAUACAGGGGUGAGAGCCGCUGCAGACAUUACAUGAUUGAGAUGCAGCCCAAUGCACGCUACGUGAUCCUGGGGGAGGACCGAGCUCACACUUCGCUCACCGCGCUGGUCCAGUACCAUCGAACUGUGGGAAUCCAGCCCUUCAUGGAGACGUUGACUGUGCCCUGUGAGCUGAAAGGUGAUGGGGACUCUGAUUAUGAGGAGUUGAAAUUCCACACCCUGGCCCCAUGCCCAGCAGAUGGAGAGAAGCAGCCUCAAAAGGAACAGGCUGAUCUUAAUGGGGCACCUGCUGUCAGCCACACCCAACAUGCAGGAGCAACUGCUGUUCUCAAGCACAUGCGGUUCAUGAAAUCAAAGAAGUGCCAAGAGCAGCAGCUGAGCCCUGGCGAGGAGCCGAGCCCAUGUGAGGCUGGGGUGGCCAGACGGGCCAUUCCUCGCCUCUACCCCUCCAUACGAUUGGCAAUGUGGGAAAUCCAGCAGUUUUCGUCCCACUCCUCAAAUGGUUCCUAUGCCGAGCGGAAGCCCCAGAACUGAAGGCAGCGGGGCCCACAGCAAGAGUGACAUGAUAAACCUGGCUCAGACCACGUCCUCCUCUGGUGCUACAGGCCCUGCAUCAUCUGGUAGAAGCACCUGGGGAGAUGGCAGCCUCUUCCACAUACACAGGGCUGGCUCUGUACCCUAUGGACAAGACACUGGGAGAGAAUAACUUUCUGCAGCUUUUUGUCAUGCUCUGCCACGGGGAGCUGCUAUGUGGGCCAGUCUCUGAUUCUGGCAGGAGGAGGUGAUGGCAUGACCAAGAGCUGGGGUCAUGUUGCAAAUCUGUAUGGAAAUCUUGGUGGUGAUUUUUCUAAUAUAGCUGGAGAAUGAAUGCCAUGUACUUUGUGUGGUUAGAUAUUUGGCUGCGUGUGUGUUCUCCCUGUGUGCUGUCCCAGCUCUGUGCAGACAGCUGGCACAGCAGACCUCAAGCAAACUGCCCAAUGACCACAAGAUCCGUUAAGGUGCGAAGGCACCUGGCCAGGUUUAUUGUCGACAAAGCACGGUAAUAGCACCUGGCAGACUCUAUGAGGAUACUAAGACAUGUAUGCCUGUGAUAAGGGUUGCAGUUCAGUGAAUGGCGGGACUUUCCAUUCCCCCUCAGCUGGUCAAAGAUACUCCCUCUGGGAUACAUCUUUAUACCCCGAUACAAACAAGUUUGUAUUGCCUCUGGCAUGAUUACUGCCCCCUGAUGUCGCUAGUUAUCACCCAUCACCUUGCUCAUGUUGGUUCGAUCAAAACAUCUCUAUUAGGUACUGUCAUCCUGACCGUAUCUUUUAGGAGGGGUUAGUUUGUUCCUGUUAUCCUUGGGGAAUGUUUUUGUACCAUCCUUGAUAUCAGGAUGAUCUGCUACCGCUUAAUAUCAGGAUGUGUUUGCGUCAGUACUCUGUGCUUAGCACUUCUUAAGAAUGUGUAUUUCUGCAAUAUCAGCCCUGUUUUGCUACAUUCUGUGAGCAGAUUCUGCCUCAUACCAGGCCUCUAAUCCAAGGGCUUAUGUCUCAGGCUCUCUUCCUACUACGUUUUGGUUAACAAGUCUGAUCACUCAGGCUGUCUCACAGUGUUCCUUUAGCUCACAAUCAGGGUGUGCUGGUUUUCAGUCUAACAUUUCGAGUUUUCUCUGUGCUUUGGCAAGGUCACUGUGAGGGUUUGGACCUGCUGUUCUGGCAGGCCAUGGAUGGCUGGUGCUGGGGAUAGGGAAUGAACUUGAUUUGUUCCUUAUGCCUUUCUAGCAUGAAUACCAGAACUGAGACCCUCACAAAAACCAGGAGGGCAUUGCUGCCCGGGGGAGCAGCUGCCUCCCGUAAGCCAAAGCCCUCACCUGGACUACUCCAUCUCUGAGCUGGGUUCUAGCCCAGAACAGAGAAAAUGAGGGACCUGUUCCUCUCCCCCAUGCCUUUGUCUCCAUGGAGCAGUAACACUAAGUCUCCAGGCUGCACAGUGUGUCCCCUGACCCAUGGCAGAGAGUAGCUGAUGCUGCGCUGUUUGCAUUUUCUCUCAUUUAACACAUCGAAUGUAAUCGAAUGACUUGCAUCCGACGAAGUGGGUAUUCACCUACGAAAGCUCAUGCUGCAAAACGUCUGUUAGUCUAUAAGGUGCCACAGGAUUCUUUGCUGCUUCUACAGAACCAGACUCACAUGGCUACCCCUCUGAUACUUGAUCGAAUGUAAUGAGACUUUUUGGAACAGCUUCUCUGAUGUUAGGUGGACACCAUGACAUCUGUGUUCCUAUGGUCUGCAGCCAUUUCUGUGAGUCCUGGGUGCGGGCAAAGUGCUGUCCAAGAGUCUGCUUAGGGAGCAAAGAAAUGGUUAGUGAUUGGUAACCAGGGUAAUAUUCACAGACUCCUUUCAGUGCUAAAGCAACUCUAGUGCGACAUUAUCCUGCUGUCCUAGCCUGUAGCUUUGGCUCUGGCGCCCCUCUCUGUGCAUCCCUUCACUGACGCACCCUUCUCUGUCGCUGCUUGUGUUCACUGUCAGGGCCCUCCUGGUCAAUCCUCAGCCUCCCUGUCCUAUUUCAUUCACUAUCAAGUUGUCGACACAUGGGUGCAUGAUGCCAGCCUCCACUGCCCACCUGUUAGAUAUUCAAACAAGUGCCUUUAUGCUUUCUCCUAUGCUGCCCCUCAGGCUUGGAAGGCCCUCCCUAUAAAAACCCUCAAAGCUACCUCAUUAUUCACCUUCACAUCCCUUCUCAAAACUCUUUUGUAGAGAUGCCUCCAAAAAACAUGACAGUGAUUAGGCCAGAGGACACUGAGAACACAGCCUAUCAUGCUGACCAAUACUGUUUCAUUGUUUCCUUGUACUCCCGUUAGUCUGUCUAUCCAUCUAUAGUCUCUUGUCUGAUACUUAGAAUGUAAGCACCUUGUGCCAGGGGCCAUCUGGUUUUUUUCUGUCCUUGUACAGUGCCUAGUACAUUGGGGUCCUGGCCCAUGACUAAGGCUCCUAAGUUGCUACAGCCAUCAUCCCAAGCCAUCGGUAACAAUCACAAGCCCCUGCUACUUGACCUAAUGGUAGUUGAUAAAUUGCAUAGUUAGUUGCCUUAACUCACUUUGACUCAUUAUGAAAUAUAUUCAGAAGACCAAAGAACCGUUAUCUGUCAGGUUUACUGCUAAAGCCAAUAAGAAUAUACUAUGGGAAAAAAGAGUCAUUAUGAUACUGGUCUCUGGAAGCAAUCUCAUGCAGUGUUGUUACGUUCACCUUACACAGAUGGUGCACUCCCAGAGUUAUGCGUUUCAGCUGAUGGUAUUUAUAGGAUGAUUUUACAGGUUAGACAUCUCUUUAUGUGUCACUACAAUCCAUGCCAUCAGUUCAACCCAGUUUCUUAUCUUGUUGCUCUGUUCCUUCCCUUCUCUUUGUUUUGGAUACUCAUAUUCCAGGUACUGGUUUGUCAGUAUAACUCCUUACCUGUUGCUAUGGUAAAAUAAUCAUAUGUCAUGAUCCUGACAACUUUCAUAACUAUUUAAGCCAAAGCUUACUUCAUCUAAUGCAAAAUGUUAUAGGACACUUAGCAUAGGAGACCAGAAUUAAAGUAAAGAUAUAGGCCAUCCAGGUGUGGGAAAUCACUAUUUCAAGAUCCCCAUCAUGGAUAAGGUCAUUCGAGGUUUGUUCUGCCUUGUGCAUGUCGUGGCUAAUAUGAAUAAUGUGUGUGUGUUUUCUGUCUAGUAAUGAUUUUAAAUUUAAACUGAGUGGAUUAAUUUACAUGUUUAAAAACUGGUUGGUAAGUUUAAACUUUAUCUUGGUAUUGGGGCUCAUUUUGGAUAAUAGAUUAAUUUUGAAAAACUGGGAUAGACAGUAUCAUAGUGUGUCCCACAGUGCUAUGUACAUGAGGAAUAAACCAGAAAUUUGGAGUAGUAACAUUAUAAAUGAGGCCUCUAUAUAUAAAUUCAGUGUAAUUAAUUACUACACUCUACUGUCCAUCCAUAUUAUAGGUCACUCUUACUGCUUGUUUUCACCAUCUGGAAAGCUUCACCAGGCAGGAAUGGCUAGCUUCUGUGUCCCAUUGUACUGGCUUGAGCAAUCGUGGCCACACACCUGGUUUUGCAAUGUUAAAAAUGUUCCUGGCACAACAAACCUGUGCAGUGCUCUUCAGGUUUGCAUUGCUGUGUGAUGCACCUGUAGUUGAGGUAGAUCCUGUUGUUUCUUGUACAUGCUGUCUUUCAGAUAACCCCUAAUGGACAGUAGCUUAUUUAUUAAAUAUUGCUGUAUCAGGAACCGGUAUUGGUAUACAUGGAAUCAGACACUGAGAAAGAUUGUUUUGAAUAACAUGUGCCUUGAUUAGUUAUAUUGUGUUACUGACCCCAGGUUACAUAAGAACAGCCAUACUGAGUCAGACCAAUGGUCUGUCUAGCCCAGUAUCCUGUCUUCCAGCGGUGGUCAAUGCCAGGUGCUUCAGGGGGAAUGCACAGAACAGGCAAUCAUUGAGUGAUCCUCCCCUGUCAUUCACUCCUGGCAUCUGGCAGUCAGAAGCCUAGGGACACGCAGAGCAUGGGGUUGCAUCCCUGACCAUCUUGGGUAAUAGCCACUGAUGGACAGAUCCUCCGUGAAUGUAGCGAAUUCUUUUUGAACCUUUCUUGUAGUUUUGGCCUUCACAACAUCCCCUGGCAACAAGUUCCACAGGUUAAAUGUGCGCUGUUUAUUUUAAACCUGUUGCCUAUUAAUUUCAUUGGGUGACCCCUAGUUCUUGGGUUAUGUAAAAGAGUAAAUAAUACUUCCUUAUUCACUUUCUCCACACCACUUAUGAUUUUUUUAGCUGUGUGUCAUGUCCCCCCACGAGUCAUCUCUUUUCCAGGCUGAAAAGUCCCAAUCGUUUUAAUCUCUCCUCACAAUGGAUUUCAAAUGGUACUAAAGGGGAACUAUCCACACAAUUUAACACAUUGCCAGUUUACCACUAUUUUUGUUAUACACUGAGGACAAUCCCAUUUAGCUGUUUGUUGCUAAUAAGGUCAGGCAAUUUCCUUUUUUUAAUGUUGCCUAAUGAAUUGGUUAUGGUAGUUGUGACAGAUUGGAUCACAGAAACCCCCUUGGAGCUGCCAACUGAUGUGCUGGGACCAUUUCUGCUCCUGCUAGCCUGGGACUCCAGAGCCCUGCCUAGUUGUGCAAGACACGGUUGUCAGCCACAAACACAGACCCACAAACUGUAAGCUUAACUG